UACUUUUCAACAUACCCUUACACUAUGACAAGCGACUCCAUGGCAGCAUUUCCGCGAUACAGACGGCAUAUCAUUGAUAUCCGUUCAGGAGUCGAGCGCCUACAAAUAAUGAAUCCAACCAACGGUUACUUGGCGUUUAGCUUCAGGUCUUUGAAUGAACAAUCAUGGACGGUCUUUCCCUCCUCAGGAAUCAUCGAACCAACAGCCAACGCAACCAUUGAAAUCAAGAUUAAAAACCUCACCAAGUUCUCCAAUAGAACGUACCAGUUCAAACUGCAGUGGAUUGAAGUCAAGCGUACUGGAUUGAUUGCCAACUACGUGGAGAAGAAUAAGCAACAAUUCAGCCUUGAACGAACUCCCAGCAAUCUGCUGAGUAUUUUGUUGGCGCAGGAUCUUCACGAAGAGUCCAUGAUUCAGGAACGAUUGCUAUGUGUAAAUCUGUCGACUAAUAUCAAAGAUGAAUACCUAAAGCAAGCGUCCUCAGCAUCGUCCGUGCGUCGAUACCAGCUAAAAGCAGUACCGCAGUCAGCGUCCAGGAAUGUCGAAUUAAAUGCUGCUUUGCCAAUUUUAUUUUCCACCACCAGACCUUCCGGAAAGACAUCAAUACUUUCGCUGCGGAAUGUGGCAAAGGACUCAAUCUUAGUUUACAAAAUCCUCGUGUACGGCAAACAGCGUCCUUUAUUUUCUGUACAUAAUAGCUGGGGAAUCAUCCAACCCGACAGCCGAACCACCAUUCAAUUCAAGUCACAUGGUGACACUGGUAUCAAAACUCAAGGAGGUCUUUUCAAAAUGCUUUGGUGUCUCAUCCCACUGAAAGGAGAGAUAGGAGAAUGGAUUGGGGAAAAUGUACAUAACAACUCGCAUCAACUGCAAGAAAUUCAAGCUCGGUUUCCCGGAGUUCGAGUAAAUACGGCAAUGCUCCGAACUACCUUAUUAGCAGACAACGCCGAGGCUCAAAUGGACGACAGACACGUAGCCAAGGACAUCAAGAGCUCGCCGAAAACCAACUCUAAUCGAAAGCUAGUACUUAAAUGUGUGAUGGGAAAAUCCCUUGGCAUAUACCAGUGGCAGUAAUUUUAGUCAUAACAAAUGUACCAUAGUUUAACAGAUUACCAUCAGACGUGGUGUGUAUAGCGCACCUGUAAAGCAAUAUAAUCAUAAAUCGCCCAUCUCCACUG